AUGGUGAACUGUCCAGAGUUCCCAACUUGUUGAUUCUUAGGACUACCAUUUUCUCCAUGUACCAACAGAGGGAUGAAACGGAAAAGAAGGUAUGCCUGUCACCACAGCCAUGAGUGAGUCAUCAUCCAUUCACUCGGCAAAACUUGUUUCAUUGGCCAAAUCGCUGUCGGGGCUUGGGAUCGAUGCAGCCAACGGGGUUCCUAUCAACCUCGCAGACAAAGAAGAGCCUCCACCUCCGGAGUCUGGUAUAGAGCUUGGUCCUGGGCUGUAUUUUGCUGAUGCUAGGAGAAAGGUGGAUUAUGUUCUUUGCUACAAAUACAAAAAACGACAAGCCUCCAAAGCACGCCUCUCCAUUAUAUCCAAUGGAAGUUUACAAUUACCAAAUCGAGUGGAAAUGGAAGCAGAGUCGGGGGAGGCAGGUUUGGCUGCAGGAGAUUCUGAGGACUCCAAGUUGUCUCAUGAGGAAAAGGCUGCUAUGAGGGAAGAAUUUGAAGCUGGGCUACUGGAAGCUGGACUCCAGAUAGAGCGUGAUAAAGAGAGGUCACAAGGCAUUAGCUUUAUUCGGGUGCACAUCCCAUGGCCAAUACUCAGUCGAGAAGCAGAGCUUCAGAAGAUCAAAGUUCCUGUGAAAAAGAAGUGUGAAUUGUGGAAACGGACCGGCAUUGCUGGGAUGUGGGAUUCCAUAGUGACUAAAAUCAACAAAGUUUUUCAUCCAGACGUUCCUAGUUUUGACAUCCACAGAGACUCACAAACACAUGUCCGUUUCAAAACUCUCAAACACCCUUUUAUCAGAGACAAGCUUCACCUGUAUGACAUCAAGUCAACAGAAACUGUAUUUGAUAAUGCAACACGCAGCAGAAUAGUUUCUGAGAUAAUUUCACGGACUUCCUGCAGGCACACUUGCCAAACCACUGGAAUCAAGUCAUUAUUGGCUCGUGGUGUUUACGACUCUGCCUUCCCGCUACAUGAUGGAUCAUUCACAAGAAGAGGAAGAAAGGAUCAACGCAAUGACCGACAGCUGCUGCAUGAAGAAUGGGCCAACUAUGGUGUUAUGCUUAAACACCAGCCUGUGGACUUGAUCAGAAAAUACUUUGGUGAGCAGAUUGGGUUGUAUUUUGCCUGGUUGGGUGUGUAUACGCAGCUGCUCAUCCCUCCUUCUGUGUUGGGCAUUAUUGUCUUCUUGUAUGGCAUACUUACUGUUGAUGCCAAUGUGCCAAGUCAGGAGACAUGCAGUGGCAAACUGAACUUCACCAUGUGUCCAUUGUGUGAUGGAGUGUGUGACUACUGGCAUCUGAGCACAGUGUGCUCACUGGCCCGAGCAUCAUACCUGUUUGACAAUGGAGCUACCGUCCUCUUUGCUAUGUUCAUGUCCUUAUGGGCUGCCUGGUUUCUUGAACAUUGGAAAAGAAGACAGAUGUGUCUGAAGCAUACCUGGGACCUGACAGGCCUUGAAGAUGAGCAAAUAACUGGCAGGGUACAGAUGGUGAAAAGGACCAGAUGUUGGCCUCUCAGAGAUAAGAGCCUGAGUCACUGGAUAUUGAGGAUCAUUCUCAGGUUACCUUUAAAGUCUCCGACUCUACUGCUGCUGACCUUCGUAACAUUCUCAGCAGUGUUUGGGGUGGCCGUGUAUCGGAUCUGCAUGUUAAGUGUUUGGUCCAUGAACCCUGGUCCUGAAGCAAAAGAUAGUGUGAGGAUGACCGUCACCACCACAGGCAUCAUCCUCAACAUGCUGGUUGUUCUGGUGCUGGAAGAGGUUUAUGGAGCGAUUGCUGUGUGGCUGACUGAGCUUGAACUUCCAAAGACACGGGAAGAAUUUGAGGAGAAGCUCAUCUUCAAGUCUUUCUUUCUCAAAUCCAUGAAUGCCUUUGCCCCCAUCUUUUAUGUGGCCUUCUUUAAGGGCAGGUUUGCUGGCCGGCCUGGAGAUUAUUUCUAUGUCUUUGGGGACUAUCGCAUGGAAGAGUGCGCUCCACCAGGUUGCCUCAUUGAGCUGUGCAUCCAGCUCAGUAUGAUCAUGCUGGGAAAGCAGCUCAUCCAAAACAAUGUGUUUGAGAUUGUCAUACCUAAGUUAAAAAAGAUGUAUAGAACACUCCAAGAACAAAAACAAGGAAAGAAAGAGCAGCGGAGGAUGACACGUAUGAAGAAGAAAAGAGACCAAAACAACCAGUUUGAGAAAGAUUUUGUUCUGGAACUUGAAGGCGUGACCCCAGAAUACAUGGAAAUGAUAAUCCAGUAUGGGUUUGUGUCCCUGUUCGUGGCGUCCUUCCCACUGGCUCCAGCAUUUGCUCUGCUCAACAAUGUCAUAGAGAUUCGCCUUGAUGCUGCUAAAUUUGUCACUGAGAUUCGGAGGCCUGAUGCAGUGAGGUGUAAAGACAUAGGGAUUUGGUACAACAUUCUCUGUGGAAUCAGCAAGUUCUCUGUCAUCACAAAUGCAUUUGUCAUCUCCUUCACGUCAGAGUUUUGUCCCCGAAUGAUCUAUCAAUACAUGUACAGUGUAAAUGGAACAAUGACGGGCUACACAGAGCACUCUCUGUCCUACUUUAAUGUCAGCAACUUCCCAGCAGGCUCGGGUCCCACAAAAACACUCAUCAGUGGAGUUUCCAUGUGCAGGUAUAAGGACUACAGAGACCCUCCGUGGUCACCAGAUCCCUACUCCUUCUCCAAACAGUACUGGUCUGUCCUGGCUGCAAAACUGGCCUUUGUAAUCUUCUUCCAGAACCUUGCUAUGUUCCUGAGCAUGCUGAUUGCUUGGAUGAUCCCAGAUGUGCCACCAUCUCUGCAGGAACAACUGAAAAAAGAGAACAUGAUGUUGAUGGAAUUUCUACUCACUCAAGACCUAGAAGGGUGUGCCAAAUCCUACUCCUCAAAACGUUCCAACUCCUGCUUCUCCACCAACAUAGACAUUGUGGUGGAUCAUCCACUAGAAGAACAACAGCAGUGGCACACGGAAGAGGAGCUGGGGGUUGAGAUAAAUCUUCAUAAACCUAUAAGGACCCAUGACAGUGAUCUAGAGGUUGGAAAGUCAGUCAGUCAAAAUGUGGACCGGCGACAUUGUGAAAUAGAAGAGUGUAGAAUGGAAGAAGUUGGACAAAGGAAAAGCAAAGUAUUAAAUGUAGGAGAUGAAACGGGGGAUUAUGAGCAAGACACAGAAGAGGAAGACAAAGAAGCAAAACAAAUAAAGGAAGAGGAAAAUGAAGCAAAGCUGAAAGAGAAUGAACAUUUCACUGUUGAAAAUGAUGCCUUCUUGAGUGAACUGGGCCAGCUAGAUCAACCCUCAAGUACAGACCUACCCCACUCAAGCACCAAACUGCAACACUUUAAAGACAAAGAGCUUCCAGCACAGUCGUGCCAGAGUCCUAGAGGCUCUGUGCCACAAACAUCAACUUCAGAUGUUGACACCAGCUUCUUUGCACUAAUUUCUCCACCUCCCAGAGAAGCAGCUCAGUGCAAAGGCCCACUUCUCCACUCUGCCUUCUGCCGAAGAGAGGCUGAAACAACGCUUCGCCUGCCAACGUCCCAGCUACUCCAUCAGCUUCACAAAACUCCACCAGAAGGCCACAAUUACUCCUUUAGUUCCUCACGGAUCUUUGUUAGCAACCUCUAAAAACAAUGACGGUGGUCCAGAAGUUAAUAAAUCAGUUGAAGAAGUUAAACAGUAUGAGAAGCAGCAACAAGGUGAAGGAGAACAGGAAGGUAGAGUGCAAAAAAACAGACAAAA